AUGAUUCAUAUGCUGUGUGCCAAGUUGAUCACAAGGCUGGAUUCGCACGAUGGAUCCAGUAAGUCCCUGGAUCGCGGCCUUGGCCGACCAAUGUCUCUCAUUCUACCUCGGUCAAAAUGA